CAGUUAACGGUAGAGGCCGUCUUGUCAGUAGUAAAGCCCGGGCUGGUCAGCUGCGGCUGUUUUCGGGGGUGAUAAAUACAAUUUAUUUAUGUUCGGUGGAUUUAUUUUACCCCUCACUCAAUGACUCCGCAUCCUCCUUUCACUGGGAAAAACUAAUGCUGAGUUCAACAUCUGUUUAACUAGUGUUUUUUUUCGUAUCGUUAUUCGAGUGUUGAUGGUCCUCAGCGCGUGUGAUCGAAACACUUGAGUGCAUUAUACACAUCAGGCAUGAGGAUCGUGAGCGACACCAGGAGGGGGAUUGAAGUUUCCGGUCGGCGGUACAGACUGCGGGUAGCCGUGAUCGCAUAGAAGCGACUCGGCGUACCCGCGAAUUCAGUAGAGAUCCCGUCGGGCGGAAAGUCAAUCCGAUUGGUGGCAAGACGCUCGCUGGGUGUCAGUGAUAAUAGCAAUUUGGGGAGAGAGGGACAAGCCGGGGGUGUUCAACUAAGGGCUAGCAGGUGACGGGUAAAGUAACAUUAGAGAGGGUUGAGGGGGGAUGCAGCGCGAAGGGGUGGCGGCAUGGAGGAGCCCUCGACGGAGGCUCUCAUGCAGGCGGGCUUCAUCUUCGUUGUCGGCAUUGCCAUCAUACUCUCAAAUCUUCUCAUCAUCGCUACUUACCUCAACUUUCGUGGUCCCUCCGAGGUGAUAAACUACUAUUUACUGUCGCUGGCAACAGCAGAUUUGUUUUGUGGUCUGCUGGUAGUGCCACUCUCCGUAUAUCCUGCCUUAAUGAAAAGAUGGGUCUACGGAGAUAUUGUUUGCCGUCUCGUUGGGUAUCUGGAGGUGACACUUUGGGCUGUCUCCGUCUAUACCUUCAUGUGGAUGUCCGUUGAUCGUUAUUUGGCUGUCAGGAAACCACUGCGGUAUGAAACUGUACAAACGAAAACGCGUUGUCAGUGUUGGAUGGCCUUCACAUGGAUAAGUGUAGCUAUGAUGUGUUGUCCACCGCUACUCGGCUUCAACAAGCCGAUCUUCGACGAGCAGGCCUUCAUCUGUAUGCUCGACUGGGGCAAUAUGGCUGCCUAUACAAUAACCCUGUCGAUACUUGUACUUGGUCCCUCGGUCAUUACCAUUGUUUACACAUACUUUUACAUAUUCUCGAUGAAAUUAAAAUUGAGAUCUGGUGUACCUAUACACGACAAGGAAUAUGCAACAGCACUAUCCGAGAAUCUCAGUAAUCCCAGUCAUGUCAUGUCAUUUGCUCUGAUAAUGACAUUCUGGUUGUCUUGGACACCAUACGCCAUGCUCAGAAUUUAUAUCAGUAUUCAAGGACCUACGGAGGUACCCUUCCUUCACUUUGCAGUGGUAUGGUUUGGCAUAACGAAUAGCUUCUGGAAGGCUUUCAUACUCGGAACCAUGAGCCCACAGUUUCGCUUGGCUGCUCGGGUACUCUGUUUAACCCUGUGCUGCCGGCACAGAAAUCUGCCGCCAGAACUCCUGGGUCUCGAGGAGGAUGACUAAAUAUAAAAUUUUUUUUAUCAAAGAAAAUGCAAAAAUAAGAAAUUUAAUCAUAACGAUUCAAACUAAAAUGUGAAACGACUCGUGCACAUGCACAUUCUUAGAGGAUCUUUAUUUUUCCUUCAAUUGUUCGGUGGAUUUGACACUGUCUCAUUAUUUUAUUUCGUUCGAUCAUCAGAGUAUGCAAUUGAUGUGCGAAGAAUUGAAAUCAGCAUAUUUUUCAUAAUUUUUUAGCCAAAAAUUUUACGAAAAUUAUCAAAAAUUUUCAUGUUAUCUGAGCGAUUCGACAUUAUUCUUUUUCAAAAUAUUAUUUUUCAAUUUUUUUAUGAUAAAUAGAAGCUAAUUUGUAAAGUUUUGAUUCAAAUUUGGACAUAAGCUGACAUAAACUAUUAAAUUGAAAAAUUAAAAAAAUUGCGAAAUAUUCCAAUUAAAAGCCCCAUUCAAAUAUUACGUCACACGAUUCACGGGAAGG